UUGAAAAGGAUGAAACGCGAACUAACAGCCCCCGAUGGGGGAUGGGGUUACGUGAUCGUUGCGGCAAUUGCCAUCACUAAUGGAGUGUCCGCGCUGCCGGUCGUCACCUUUGGAAUUGUUUACGGAGAAUUUCUGAAAAGCGUAGGGGACGAGAUUGCAAAUUCGGCACUCGCCAGCGGCAUAUGUUUCGCCACGCAGUGGAUUUCAGGGCUGGCAGCGAAUCUGCUCUUGAGAAGGAUCUCCUAUCGCACAACGGGAGUGCUUGGUGCCCUCCUGACGUUCACCGGUACGUUUGGUAUCAGCUUUGUAACCAGUUUCGAGCAGUUCGUGUUUUGCUUCUCCAUUAUGCUGCCGAUGGGCUGCGGGUUAACGUUAGCGGCAAUGCUGACGGCGUUCAAUCUUUACUUUGACAAGAAAAGGACGGUCGCCUAUAAUUUGGGGAGUGCCGUCACGAUACCCAUAACAGUUCUGUUUCCAUCACUGGGCUCGUUCCUUGUGCAGCGUUUCGGAUUUCGAGGAGCCAAUGUUAUUCACGCCGCUAUAAUGCUCCACUGCUUACCGGCGAUGUUAUGUCUACAUCCCAUAGAAUGGCACGUCGAUAAACAGAAGGUGGCCCCAGAAGCCGGAAAGUUUCUCUUAGGAGACGUGGAAAGGAAACGAAAAUUUUGGGAAGGCCUCGGUUUGGGGUUAUUCACAGAUCCCACCUACGUUAAUAUUGUGUUGGGAAUCUCACUGUGUCUGUCAUCGGAUUUUUUCUUCAUGACUACCUUACCAUCACUUUUAGCAAAUUUUAAAGUGACAAUAGAAGACACGACCAUUCUGAUGACCGCGUUUUUUACGGCGGAUAUAGUUGGAAGACUUUGCCUUUUCGGGGUUACUGCCUGCACGGAAGUCAAAAAUCGCCUGUUGCUCAUGAUAGGCGCCAUACUCAUAGCUUGUGCACGUACUGGUUUUAUAUUAAACCACCCCUUCUGGCCGAUGGUCGCCUGCACGACCGUAAUGGGUUUGCUCCGAUGCUCGCUGAAAGCAACUUAUCCAUUGAUAUUCGCAGAGUUGUAUUCAACUAAAUUUGCUGGUGCAUUCUCCUUAUUUAUGGUCAGUUGUGGGGUUGUGUCAAUUUCGACUGGAUGUUUGAUUGGCGUACUCAAAAAUGCGACCCAAAGUAACGAAAUGGUGGGACAUUUUUUAACGGCCAUGCAACUAUUUUGUCCACUUUCGUGGGUAAUAGAAAUUUUUGUUAAAAAAAUAAAGUGUUAAUGAGA